GCUCUGUUGCCAGGGAAGAGCGAUGGAGGGGGUGCUCGCAUUGUCUGUCGGGACGGUGGCGGUGCGUGAAUGUCUGCCGUCUGUCAGAAACGCUCUCCGAUGCCUAUUAAGGCUUAUUAGUGUAUGAAACAGACCCGUGCCGGAGAUAGAUUAGCAAGCGUCAGCGAUCCUUUUUCCUCCCUUACUUCAUUCGUUGAGUUUCCGAAACGGUAAGACAAACCGACCCUAACUAGCUAGAGCAAGCGCUUGUUGCGUUCAGCCGGUGAGAGGAGGAGAGGAGUGGUGGAUCGGGCGAGGAGGCGCACGGCGCUUGAUCGGAGAGCCAAAGGCGGCCGAUGACUUCGGAGAGCAGCGGCCAAGCGCAACAGAAGGAGGAGGUCGAGCCGGGAUCAGUCGCCCGAGAUCAAGAGGAGAAAACCGGCAAAGACCAAGGCGGCAUGGUGACCACCAAGGGGGCCGGUCUGAAUCCCAAUGCUAAAGUGUGGCAGGAAGUGUCUGCUCCAACCACCCAGACUCCAGAGGCAGCCACAGAGACAUGCCAUUGGCCACAAGCAGAUACAGUCUCCAAUGAGGAGUCAGAAGGUUUCAAGGAGUAUGAUGUUGGGUAUGACUCUGAGUCAGCCCCUCCUAUGGAGAACAGCAUGUUGAAUGGCAUGGAGUCUGCAGAACUGGUGUACCCUCUCUAUGAACCAGUGGAUGGUGAGACAGUUGAGGAACAGCCUCCGUUGACUGAAGAGAGUCUGAAGGAGUCACUGAAAAAACAGCUGGAAUUUUGCUUCUCAAGAGAGAAUCUCUCCAAGGACCUUUACCUGAUGUCCCAGAUGGAUAGUGAUCAGUUUGUGCCUAUUUGGACUAUUGCAAGCAUGGAGGGGGUCAAACUGCUGACUACUGAUAUGGACCUGAUACUCGAGGUGCUACGAGCCUCUCCCAUGGUUCAGGUGGAUGAGAAGGGAGAGAAGGUACGGCCAAACCAUAAGCGUUGCAUCAUCAUUCUCAGAGAGGUUCCUGAGACCACACCUGUAGAGGAGGUGGAGGCCCUGUUUAAAAGUGAAAAGUGUCCGCAGGUUAUCAGUGUGGAGUUUGCGCACAAUAACAACUGGUACAUCACAUUCCAGUCAGACACUGAUGCUCAGCAGGCCUAUAGAUACCUCCGUGAGGAAGUCAAAACCUUUCAGGGCAAACCAAUUAUGGCUCGUAUAAAAGCCAUAAACACUUUCUUUGCUAAGAACGGCUAUGGGGCUGUUGACUCUGGGGUUUACUCCACUCCAUCACAGUACUCCUCUCCAGUGUACCUGCAGCAGGUGUAUCAGCCUCCACAGCAGUACCCUCUCUAUAGCCUCCUGCCUCAGACAUGGACUCCUUCACCAACCCCUUACUUUGAAACGCCACUGGCUCCAUUUCCCAACAGCACAUUUGUUAAUGGCUUUGGCACAGCAGGAAACUACAAAACUGGAUCCUCUCCAAUAAGCCUUACACGUAACUACCCCCGCAACCGACUUCCACUUUAUUCGAGAAAGAAUGUAAUCAAUGCCUUCAGGAAUCAUGUGAAGCCACAACCUCGUGCUGAAGUGGGUCAGCUGACAGAGACUUUAUCUGGUACCGGUAGUCCUCAGCCUCCAUGCACCCCUACAUCAGAUUCCACUGCGUCCACCCUUACUCCGCUUUCUGACUCGCCUGCUUCCCCCAGAGAGAACCUCCACUCAGAUCUCAGCAGCCGGGCCAGGAGAGGAAGCUAUCGUGGCAUGAGGAGGAGAAGAGAAGAUGAAAGAACAAGGCCGAACCCUGAAUCAGAAGUGAAAGCUCCACCUCCUAAGUUUGACCUCGCAACCACUAACUUCCCACCAUUGCCAGGAGGUGUCCCGAGUCGUGUGCCAGGUGUGACUGUGCAAACAGAAUCAGUGUUGGAAAAUCGGAUGGCUGAUGUAGUUAAGGGCAUCAGCAGGGACAAGCCGGAAACAUCUAAACAAGAUGUCAGUCAAGAUCCUGAACCGUGUCCAGUGGAAGCUCAGUCGAACGGACCCUCUACUCCAGCGCCAAAGCUUUCUGCCACAAAACAGGACUCACCUACCACUAGUGCGUUACAUCAAGUGAAGAGACCUGAGAAAGAGGUCCAGGUCUCUGACACACCACCAGACCUUGCAUCGGUGACGACAAAGCACAUCCAGCCCAGUUCUGCCCCUAAACCUUCAUGCUGCCAGUCAAGCACUUCAAGCACUGCAUCUACACCACCUGCCCCAACAAGCGCAACUGUCCAGGAGCCUCGGAAGCUAAGCUAUGCAGAGGUGUGUCAGAGGCCACCCAAAGACCCACCCCCUGCACCGACCGCCCCACCCAGCCCCAGUCCCACCCCUUCUCCCACCACAAACCAGCCACUACGUGAACCUCGCGUCAACAAAGCGGAAGGCCCAGCCUCAUCCCGCUGCAGUCCUGGUGACAAACUGGAGAAAGGAAAUGAGAGUCGGAUGUCCAGAGAGCAGACUGGCUACCAACAUGGUAACGGCCCCAGAGGGUCAGGUUUUAAGCUCAGAGAGCAGCAGAGACGGCCCCUACAGGGUCGGCGCUCCUCUCCACAGAUGGGGUACAACAGACGCAGUGGAAAAGAACAAAACAUCCCACCAAGUUCGCCAAAGUAAUGCCUCAUAUGCCCACAACACAUGUGCACACGUGUGUCUAUGUGUGAUA